AUGCGAUCCUUCCUGGUCCUCAUCCUCUUGGGAGGAAUAGUCUGCAGUUUCCAUGGUGUACUUUCGGGGGAGCUCUCUGGCAUUGGUGCAAGACUUUUCUCCAUUAGUGAUGAGAGGCCUAGAGACACUGUGCGGGCUCUGCAGUUCUUUUUUGGACCAUUGGGCCUCUUAAAAGGCAUACAGGUAAAAAUGAAUGAUCAGUGGACUUCCACAUACGGAGUCUCAGUGGGCAAUGCACAAGACAUCACACUCUGGGACGGGGAAGGCAUAACAAAAGUGUCAAGCCACGGUGGGGCCUGUAUCCAUUAUUUGGAGAUCGAAACCAGCGCUGGGAGAAUUUUUAAACUCGGGAAGCCUGUCGGCAAGAAGUUUGAUGAAUCCCCCCCUCAUGGGAAUAUGGUGCUCAGUGGCAUCAAGGGUGUAUAUGAGGCUAUAUGUAUCAAAAAACUGAUAUGUAAGUGGUCAUAA